AUAUAUUAUCCAUGCAUGCCACACCACGCAGCUAGCAGACAUCUGAUCGAUCUAACAAGCAGGCAAAGAUGGUGAUGAUGAUCUUCCUCCUCGCCAAUAGCCCACAUGCUGUUGCUGCUAAUGGUAGCAGCUACGCCAGGCAUGGCUGCGAUGCCCUACUGCAUCCCUUCGUGUACAACCUCACCGCCUCCUACGCCGACCAGAGGAACGAGGCGACCAUGGUUUUCACCUCCGUGGUCAUGUUCAUGCUCGCGGCGCUCUUCUUCAACCUCAACCUCUUCAGCCGGCUCUCCGAUGUGAGCGCCAUCCUCAACCCCACCGUCCGUCUCUUCCUCUCGUCCUCGCUCUCCCUCUUCCUCCCCGUCAUGUCCUACCUCUUCUCCGAGGCCAAGAACGAGGGCGCCGCUGUGGCCGCCGCCGCCGCCAGCUCCUACCGGCAGCCCGGCGGCACUGAGCUGUCGCUGCGAGCCCGGACGAUCCUCAUGUGGAUGCUCCUCGUGGAGCUCCUCCGCAGGAAGGUGGAGGCCAUCCUGGUGAGCGUGGGCGCCCAGGCCGCCGCCUCCUACUCGAGCACCAUCGACCGCGCCUCCCGCAUCGCCUGGCUGGGCUACCUCGUCUUCUACAACCUCAGCAGCACCGGCAAGAAGGCCAUCUACGGCACGCUGUGGGUCCUCGCCGCCGCCAAGCUGCUGCAGAGGGUCGCCAUCAACGAGCUGCUCAAGCGCUCCGCCGCCUACGGCAAGAACGCCGACCAGCUGAGCUGGUACAUGGCCCAGAUCGAGAGGCAGGGAAGAGCUGCUGGGGAGGAGGAAGAGGGAGCAGAGCUGCUGAGCAAGUGCAGGUACGCCGUGAUGGGAGAGGAGGAGCUGGAGAUGAAGGUCAGCCCCAUGGAGGGCUACCAUCUGGAGCUCAAGAACGACGACGGCAUCGUCGUCACGGUUGGGGACAUUUGGUCACAGGACAUGACCGGCCUGCUCCGACACGAUCCAAGCCUCCCUAAGCGGCUGUGCCUCUCGUUCGCACUCUACAAGCUGCUGCGCCGGAGGCUCGAGGACCACCCCAUCACCGGCGAGGAGACCCGCAGCUGCCGGAGGCUCAUCUUCAGAGGCCUGCGCAUGGAGCUGCUGCGGCAAACAAGCAGCUCGUCGUCGUCGGAGCAGAGAUCCCCGGCGGUGGCGGCUGCUCUCUUCCAGGUGUUCUACGAGGAGAUCCAGUUCCUGUGCGAGUACUACCACUCCGUCCUGCCCGUGGUGCUCUCCAACCCCUUCUUCUUCCUCGCCAACUACAUCCUCUUCCCCGCCGUCGUGUGGGCCUUCUGCCUCCUCACCUUCGUCCUCUGCGGCAACGGCGACGUGGCGUACGCCUACCGCAGCAUCACCGCCGACAACUACAUCAUCUCGACCGGCACGCUCAAGGUCCUGGGAUGCCUCCUCAGGGGGGUCGCCCGCUACCCGGCAGUCCUCUUCACCGCCGUCGACCUCGCCGUCACCAUGCUGCUCCUCCUCACCUUCCUCUACGAGCAGGUCUGGGAGCUCCUCGUCUUCGUCCUCUCCAACUGGCUCAUGGUGUCCCUGCUCUGCGAGUACGCGGCCAAGCGCCGGUGGCGCGACAGCCGCGUCCGGGCCGGGCUCAUCCGCCGCAUCCUCUGGGUGCGGAGCAAGAUGAGCCGCCCCAACCUCUGCUUCAAGCAGGCCUCCGUGCUCGGGUUCGGCCGCCGCCUGCUGCCGUCCAUGGCGCUGCGGCUGCCUAAGAAGAAGGCCGUGCCCAUCCAAGUGAAGGAGUCCAUCAUGGGGUACCUGGUGGCUCACAUCAAUGGCGACCCCGACGCCGCCCCUCUCAGCAACGGCUGGACGACGCUGCGGUUGGAGAAGCACAGUCAGUUCAGGCCCCACGAGCUCUGGAAGGCGUGCGAGAGCAAGAGCGUCGCCGAGGUCGUCCUCACCUGGCACAUCGCCACCAGCCUCCUGGAGGUCAAGUAUCCGCUGCAACCGGAGGAGACGACGAAGAAGAAGAAGACCCCGGCGGGAGCUCGCCGUGCGGUGGCGACGGCCCUGUCCGGGUACGCCGCGUACCUGAUGUCCUCGGCUCCGGAGCUCCUCCCCGACAGCACGGAGGGCGCCAACCGGGUGUACAACGACAUGAAGGACGAGCUCAAGGAGGUGCUGGGAGGGUGCUGGGGGUACCAUGCGUCUCGGCAGGCCACCCGCUUCGACAAGCUGGUCGGCGUCGCACAAGCAGCAGGGCCGCCGGAGGAGGAGGAGACGACGGCGGCGGUUGUGCGCAAGGGGGCGAAUCUGGGGAAGAAGCUGAUGGAGAUGGCAGGCGAAGGUCGAGGACAGCAGGAUCAGGUGUGGGAGCUGCUGGCCGAGCUCUGGACGGAGCUGACGGUGUACCUGGCGCCGUCGGCCGGCGAGCUGCACGUGAAGGCGCACAAGGAGGCCCUGGCGCUGGGCGGCGAGUUCAUCACCGUGCUCUGGGCGCUCUGCACCCACACCGGUGUAACCAGACCGGCGGUUGCGCCGUGGGAGACGACACCACCACCAGCCGACAGGUCGCCCGUGUGAUCCGUAGUGUGCAUUCUGAAUGUGAUUGAUGUGCUUGAUGCGUGGGAGCUUGAUUAAUUAUUGUUGAUGUUUCAAUUCUACUCCAUUUAUUUAUUUGUUAAGUUCUUCUGAAUGCGUGAAUUUGCAGUGCUAUAUGUAUGUAUAUGAGGGUGUUUGAAUUUGAAUC